AGCCGGGGAGAGCCUUGCCUCCUUGUCACUCUCUCACAACACCGUGAGAGCACAGGACGCAUGCUGUCCUCCAGUACACCCACACACACUAGCACGGAGAGUGAGAGACACUGAGGCAGAGUGCGAAAGAGAAAGAGGGGUACAGGAACGAGGAAACUAAAAGAGGGAGGGACAUAGCAAAGCCAAAUCCUGACGGGAGAAAACUGAAGGGUUUUCUGUUUUCUCCUGAGGAGCUGCGAAUAACCCUCGGUGAAAGAUGGCAGAAGGGGGAGAGGGAGAGGAGGAGAUUCAGUUCCUGCGAACGGAUGACCAGGUAGUUCUGCAGUGCACUGCCUCCGUCCUGAAGGAACAGAUUAAACUGUGUCUCUCCUGCGAGGGCUUCGGGAACCGUCUCUGCUUCCUUGAAACCACAUCCAACGCUCAGAAUGUGCCCCCAGACCUGGCCAUAUGUUCCUUCAUUCUGGAGCAGUCUCUCUCAGUCCGUGCUCUGCAGGAGAUGCUGGCCAACACCGUGGAGAUGACCGAGUCGUCCCAGGGUGGAGGUCACCGCACUUUACUGUAUGGUCAUGCCAUCCUUUUGAGACACCACCACUCAGGCAUGUACCUGAGCUGUUUGACUACAUCUCGGUCCCUCACGGACAAGCUGGCCUUCGAUGUAGGCUUACAAGAGGAUUCCACCGGUGAGGCAUGUUGGUGGACUAUUCAUCCAGCUUCUAAACAAAGGUCAGAAGGUGAAAAGGUCAGGGUGGGUGAUGACCUCAUCCUUGUCAGUGUGUCCUCUGAGAGAUACCUGCAUCUGUCCUACGCCAGUGGAGAUCUCAUGGUGGACGCUUCCUUCAUGCAGACUCUUUGGAACAUGAAUCCAAUUAGUUCAGGCUGUGAACUAGCUGAGGGUUAUUUAACAGGAGGUCAUGUUCUCAGGCUUUUCCAUGGCCACAUGGACGAAUGUCUGGCCAUCGCUACACCAGAGGAAGGAGAAGAAAAGCGCAGGAUGGCUCAUUAUGAAGGCGGUACUGUGUGCAGUCAGGCUCGAUCCCUGUGGAGGCUGGAACCCCUCAGAAUCAGUUGGAGUGGUAGCCACAUGAAGUGGGGACAGUCUUUUCGUAUUCGCCACAUCACGACGGGCCGGUACCUGUGUCUUGAUGAGGAAAAGGGCCUCUUGGUGGUCGAUCCCGAGAAGGCGAACACCAAACUGUCUGCUUUCUGCUUCCGUGCUUCAAAGGAGAAGGUGGAGGUGGCUCAGAAGCGUGAUGUUGAGGGGAUGGGCAUUCCAGAGAUUAAGUAUGGAGAGUCCAUGUGCUUUGUCCAGCAUGUGUCUACAGCCCUGUGGCUCACAUAUGCUGCCCUGGAUGCUAAAGCUGCUCGUUUGGGAAUGAUGAAAAGGAAGGUUAUUCUGCACCAAGAGGGCCAUAUGGACGAUGCCUUGACUGUGUCCCGCUCUCAGACUGAAGAGUCACAGGCUGCUCGAAUGAUUUACAGCACCACAGGCCUCUUCAGGCAGUUCAUCAAUGGAUUGGACUCCCUCAGUGGGAAGAACAAGUCACCAGGGACAGGAUCACUUCCUCUGGAGUCGGUCAUCCUCUCUCUUCAGGAUCUCAUCUUCUACUUUCGCCCACCUGAGGAGGAACUGGAACACGAAGAGAAACAGACCAAGCUCCGCUCUCUCCGCAACCGGCAGAACCUCUUCCAGGAGGAGGGAAUGAUAACCAUUGUGCUGGAGUGCAUUGACCGCCUGAACGUAUACAACACUGCUGCCCACUUUUCUGAAUUUGCGGGAGAGGAGGCUGCUGAGUCCUGGAAGGAGAUUGUCAACCUCCUUUAUGAGCUGCUGGCUUCUCUGAUCAGGGGUAACCGAUCAAAUUGUGCAUUGUUCUGUGACAAUCUCGACUGGUUGGUCAGCAAGCUGGACCGUCUGGAGGCCUCCUCAGGUAUUCUUGAGGUGCUGUACUGUGUCUUAAUUGAAAGCCCCGAGGUUCUGAACAUCAUCCAGGAGAACCACAUCAAAUCCAUCAUCUCUCUCUUGGACAAACAUGGAAGGAACCAUAAGGUGCUGGAUGUCUUGCGCUCUCUUUGUGUGUGUAACGGUGUAGCUGUGAGGUCCAACCAGAACCUCAUCACUGAAAAUCUACUUCCAGGUCGUGACCUCUUGCUACAGACCAGCAUUGUAAACUAUGUCACCAGUGUAAGGCCCAACAUCUUCUUGGGUACAUGUGAGGGGUCAACACAGUAUAAGAAGUGGUACUAUGAGGUGAUGGUAGACCAUGUGGAAGCCUUUGUGACAGCACAGGCGAGUCACCUGCGGGUAGGCUGGGCUUUGACUGAAGGUUAUAGCCCCUAUCCUGGAGGAGGAGAAGGCUGGGGUGGUAAUGGUGUGGGAGAUGACCUCUACUCAUAUGGCUUUGAUGGACUGCAUCUGUGGUCAGGUACUGUGGCCCGCCAGGUGGCUUCGCCCAGUGCACAUACACUGGCUGCCGAUGAUGUUGUAAGCUGCUGUCUGGAUCUCAGUGUGCCCAGUAUCUCCUUCCGUAUUAAUGGCCACCCAGUUCAGGGAAUGUUUGAAAACUUUAAUGUUGAUGGCCUCUUCUUUCCUGUUAUUAGCUUUUCUGCUGGGGUCAAGGCUCGGUUCCUCCUCGGUGGUCGCCAUGGGGACUUUAAAUUCAUGCCCCCGCCUGGUUAUGCGCCAUGCUACGAGGCUUUGUUGCCUAGAGAGAGGAUGCGUAUUGAACAUAUCAAGGAGUACAAGCAUGACUUUAAUGGUGUGCGCAAUCUUCUGGGUCCUACUCUGUCCCUCACUCACACAUCUUUCACCCCCUGCCCUGUGGACACAAUUCAGAUUGUCUUGCCACCCCACUUGGAACGUAUCCGAGAAAAACUGGCAGAGAAUAUUCACGAACUCUGGGCUAUCACUCGUAUUGAGCAGGGCUGGACCUAUGGGAUUUUUAGGGAUGACAACAAGAAACUCCACCCCUGUCUGGUGGACUUCCAAAGUCUGCCUGAACCAGAGAAGAACUACAAUCUGCAGAUGUCUGCUGAGACGCUCAAGACUCUCCUAGCACUGGGUUGCCAUGUUGGUAUGGGUGAUGAGAAAGCGGAGGAGAAUCUAAAGAAAAUCAAGCUUCCCAAGACCUAUGUGAUGAGCAACGGAUACAAGCCUGCCCCGCUUGAUCUCAGCCAUGUCAAGCUGACACCAAACCAGAAUCAGCUUGUAGAAAAACUGGCAGAAAAUGGGCAUAAUGUUUGGGCGAGGGACCGAGUACGGCAAGGAUGGACCUACAGCAUUGUCCAGGACAUUGUUAAUAAGCGUAACCCUCGUCUGGUACCUUACAACCUGCUGGAUGAGAGAACUAAGAAAACCAACCGAGACAGCGUUAACAACGCUGUCCGUACACUCAUUGGCUAUGGCUACAACAUUGAGCCUCCAGAUCAGGAGAGCACUGGCCAUGGCCUUGAGAACACCCGUGGGGACAAGGUGCGAAUCUUCAGGGCAGAGAAGUCGUAUGCUGUCACCCAAGGAAAGUGGUACUUUGAGUUUGAGGCAGUCUCAACAGGGGAGAUGAGAGUGGGCUGGGCACGUCCUAAUGUCCACUCUGACACUGAACUGGGAGCAGAUGAAUUGGCCUACGUCUUUAAUGGCAAUAAGGCCCAGCGAUGGCAUAUUGGCAAUGAACCAUUUGGCCGCCAGUGGCAGUCUGGUGAUGUCGUUGGCUGUAUGAUAGACCUGACUGAGAUGAACAUCAUGUUCACACUCAAUGGAGAAAUGUUGAUCAGUGACUCAGGCUCAGAGAUGGCUUUCAAAGAUAUUGAAAUUGGGGAUGGUUUUAUUCCAGUGUGUACCCUGGGUCUAUCUCAGGUUGGAAGGAUUAAUCUUGGUCAAGAUGUCAGCAGCCUGCGCUAUUUUGCCAUUUGUGGCCUGCAGGAAGGAUUUGAACCUUUUGCCAUCAAUAUGAAGCGAGACAUCACCAUGUGGUUCAGUAAAAGUUUGCCCCAGUUUGGGCCUGUGCCUGCUGAUCACAACCAUAUUGAGGUCUCCCGUGUUGACGGGACCGUGGACAGCGCCCCCUGUCUGAAGCUGACGCACAAGACGUUUGGGUCGCAGAAUGCCAACACUGAUAUGAUGUUCCUUAGACUCAGCAUGCCUGUGCAGUUCCAUGAGACCUUUAAGAUCCCGGCAGGUACCACCCCUCUCACCCGUGCCCUUACUAUACCUGAGGAGGAAGUCGCAGUGGUAGAACCUGACUCAGAGUUUGAAGUUUUGAAAAAGUCUGCCAGUCGCAAGGAGCAGGAAGAGGACAAGAAGGACCCCUCUGUGCCUAAGGAGAUCUCCGUGGAAAAUGAGAAGGACACAAUGUCAGAAAAGGGAAAGAAAAAAGGAUUUUUCUCCAAAGCCAAGAAGGCAGCCAUGACACCUCUUGCCCCUCCUCCUGCUCCUCCAACGGUGCCACGUUUGGUGGAAGACGUGGUCCCUGAUGACAGAGAUGAUCCUGAGAUCAUCCAAAAUACCACCACUUAUUACUACUCUGUGAGGAUCUUUGCUGGGCAGGAGCCGUCUGGUGUUUGGGUUGGCUGGGUCACUCCUGAUUACCACAUGUAUGAUCAAAACUUUGACCUCUCCAAGGUCCGCAGUGUCACUGUCACAGUGGGAGAUGACAGAGGCAACAUACAUGACAGCAUGAAGCACAGUAAUUGUUACAUGGUGUGGGGAGGGGACCUGGUCAGCAAUCAACAGACCCGCUUUAGCCAGGAGGACAUGGUGAUUGGCUGCCUUGUUGAUCUGGCAACAGGUCUAAUGACUUUUACGGCAAAUGGAAAGGAGAUUAAUACUUUCUACCAGGUGGAGCCGAACACCAAACUCUUCCCUGCAGUUUUCGUUCAGCCGUUCAGUCAGAACAUGGUGCAGCUAGAGUUGGGCAAACUCAAGAACAUCAUGCCUAUCUCAGCUGCGAUGUUCCACAGUGAACGUAACAAUCCAGUCCCUCAGUGCCCCCCGAGGCUGGAUGUCCAGAUGCUGACUCCAGUUAUCUGGAGUCGUAUGCCAAAUCACUUCCUCAAACCAGAGUUGGGCAAAGUAAAUGAGCGGUUAGGCUGGAUGGUGGAGUGUGUUGAACCUCUCAUCAUGAUGGCACUGCACAUCCCAGAGGAGAACAGAUGUAUUGAUAUCCUGGAGCUGUCAGAGCGUCAGGAUCUGAUGAAGUUCCACUAUCAUACACUCAUGCUCUACUGUGCUGUGUGCGCACUUGGGAACAACCGAGUGGCUCAUGCAUUAUGCAGUCAUGUGGAUGAAUCCCAGCUUUUCUAUGCUAUUGAGAACACCUACCUACCUGGACCUCUUCGCAGCGGCUUCUAUGAUCUGCUUAUCAGCAUUCAUCUGGAAUCAGCAAAACGGGCACGCUUGGGAACCAACAGGGAAUUCAUUGUUCCCAUGACCGAAGAGACCCUCAGCAUCAAGCUCUAUCCUGAUGCAAUAAAAGCCCACUCCUUACCUGGUGUUGGUCUCACUACCUGCUUACGGCCAAAGCUGCAUUUCUCAUCCAUCAACUUUGUUGGCACAGACCCUGAUUUGUACACCAUUAGUCCUGUCUUUCCUCUACAGGAGCUGAAAACAAAGGCGAUUAACAUGUUACGAGAGGCUGUGCUGGAUGGUAGCCAGGCCAUGCGGGAUCCAGUAGGAGGCAGUGUAGAGUUCCACUUUGUCCCAAUCUUGAAGCUAAUCAGUACACUGCUUAUUAUGGGCAUCUUCAAUGAUGAUGACACCAAGCACAUUCUCAAGAUGAUCGAUCCCAAUGUUUUCAGUGGAAAGGAAGGGGAGGAAGCUGAAGAGGGUGGAGCUGCUGAAGGAGAAAUUGAGGAAAAGAAGGAGGAGGAAUCGGAAGAAGCAGCCGAAGACGAGCUUGAGGAUGAAGGGGUUGGGGAUGAGGAAGAGGAGGAGCUAAAAGAGCUGGAGAAACGAGAGGGUGGGGAGGAAGAGGCUGAGCCCAAGGAAGAAGGAGAAGAGGAGGAAAAGGACAAAGAAGAGGCUAAGAGAGGAAAGGUAGAUGGAGAGAAAGCAGAGGAAGAGAAGGAGUCAGAGGCAGUGGAAGCAGAAGCACAGGAGGAAGACGAGGGUCUGGAGGAAGGACUGCUACAGAUGACGCUGCCAGAGUCUGUCAAACUGCAGAUGUGCACACUCCUGCAGUACUUCUGCGAUUGCGAGCUGAGACACAGGGUGGAAGCCAUUGUAGCAUUCUCAGACCAGUUUGUCCAUGAUGUUAAGAGCAAUCAACGUGUCCGUUACAACCAGCUAAUGAGAGCCUUCACCAUGUCAGCUGCUGAGACUGCACGCAAGACCCGGGAGUUCCGCUCGCCUCCACAGGACCAGGUUCUUAUGCUAACGAACUUCAAACACUUGGAGGAUGAAGAUUCUCCAGUUCCCGAGGACGUGCGGGAAACACUGGCAGAAUUCCACAAUGACCUCUUGCUUCACUGUGGUAUACAUAUUGAGGAGGAACCAGAGGAGGAGGAGGUGGACACUUCACUGAGGGGCAGACUUGUUAGUCUGGUAGACAAGGUUAAAAGCCUCCGUAAGAAGAAGGAGGAGGAGGAAAAGCCAGAGGUGGAGGAAGAAGCAAAACCCAGCACCCUUCAGGAGCUGAUCUCCCACACCAUGAUCCACUGGGCUCAGGAGUCUUUUGUUCAGAACCCUGAGCUGGUGCGACUGAUGUUCAGCCUUCUACACCGACUGUACGACGGUCUUGGCGAGCUGAUCCGAGCACUGCCCAAAGCAUAUGCCAUCAAUGCCGUGUCCGUUCAGGACACCAUGGAACUACUUGAGUGUUUGGGACAGAUCCGAUCACUGCUCAUCGUCCAGAUGGGUCCUGAAGAGGAGCGGCUUAUGAUCCAGAGCAUUGGAAAUAUCAUGAAUAACAAGGUGUUCUACCAACACCCCAAUCUGAUGAGAGCUCUGGGUAUGCAUGAGACUGUGAUGGAAGUGAUGGUCAACGUGUUAGGUGGAGGAGGAGAUUCGAAGGAGAUUCGAUUCCCCCAAAUGGUGACCAGCUGCUGUCGUUUCCUGUGUUACUUCUGCCGUAUCAGCCGACAGAACCAGCGUUCUAUGUUUGAGCAUCUGAGCUACCUGUUGCAGAACAGCGGCAUCGGCUUGGGCAUGCGUGGAUCCACACCCCUGGAUGUGGCUGCAGCCUCCUGUAUUGACAAUAACGAGCUGGCCUUGGCUUUACAAGAGCAGGAACUGGAAAUGGUGGUGACAUACUUGGCAGGCUGUGGACUGCAGAUGUGUCCAAUGCUCUUGUCUAAGGGCUACCCUGACAUUGGCUGGAAUCCUUGUGGCGGCGAGAGAUACCUGGAUUUCCUCCGCUUUGCUGUCUUCGUUAAUGGAGAAAGCGUGGAAGAGAAUGCCACCGUUGUGGUGCGUCUGCUCAUCCGUCGCCCUGAGUGCUUUGGCCCAGCCCUGAGAGGAGAGGGUGGUAAUGGCCUGCUGGCUGCAAUGGAGGAGGCCAUCAAGAUAUCAGAGGAUCCGGCAAGAGAUGGGCCCACUGUUAAGAAAGACAGGCGCUUCAUGUUUGGUGGUGAGGAACAGCACGAGGAGAACCGUGUGCAUCUGGGAAAUGCCAUCAUGUCCUUUUACUCGGCUCUCAUUGAUCUGCUGGGUCGCUGUGCCCCAGAGAUGCAUCUGAUCCAAGCGGGUAAGGGUGAAGCUCUAAGAAUCAGGGCCAUCCUGAGGUCUCUGGUGCCUAUAGAGGACCUGGUUGGAGUAAUCAGCUUACCUGUGCAGAUUCCAGCAUAUGGCAAAGAUGGCCAGAUUAUUGAGCCCAAGAUGUCUGCCAGUUUUGUGCCAGACCACAAGGCCUCCAUGGUGCUCUUCCUCGACAGAGUGUACGGUAUUGAUAACCAGGACUUCCUGCUUCAUGUGCUUGAGGUUGGCUUCUUGCCUGACAUGAGAGCUGCAGCUUCUCUGGAUACGGCGGCAUUCAGCACAACUGAAAUGGCCUUGGCUCUGAACCGCUACCUCUGUUCGGCUGUACUGCCUCUUCUUACAAAGUGUGCGCCAUUGUUUGCUGGAACAGACCACCGGGCCAUCAUGAUCGACUCCAUGCUCCACACAAUUUAUCGCCUGUCUCGUGGCCGAGCCCUUACCAAGGCUCAGAGGGAUGUUAUAGAGGAGUGUCUCAUGUCCCUCUGCAAAUACCUUCGACCCUCUAUGCUGCAGCAUUUGCUUAGACGGCUGGUGUUUGACGUACCCAUCCUCAAUGAAUAUGCAAAGAUGCCUCUCAAGCUGCUGACCAAUCACUAUGAGCGCUGUUGGAAGUACUACUGCUUGCCAAAUGGAUGGGCGAAUUUUGGGGUGACUUCUGAGGAGGAGCUGCAUCUUUCUCGAAAACUCUUUUGGGGAAUCUUCGAAUCGUUGGCACACAAGAAAUUUGAUGCAGAGCUCUUCAAGAUUGCCAUGCCCUGCCUCUGUGCUAUAGCUGGAGCCAUCCCCCCUGACUAUGUGGAUGCCAGCUACUCCUCUCACACUGAGAAAAAGGCCUCUGUGGAUGCUGAAGGCAACUUUGAUCCAAAACCAGUAGAGACCACCAACACUAUCAUCCCAGAGAGACUGGAUCCUUUCAUCAACAAGUAUGCAGAACACACUCAUGAUAAAUGGGCUUUUGAAAAGAUUCAGAACAACUGGACGUAUGGAGAGGUGCUAGAUGAGAAUGCUAAGACUCACCCGAUGCUCCGGCCAUACAAAACAUUCUCUGAAAAGGACAAGGAGAUUUAUCGUUGGCCCAUUAAAGAAUCCGUCAAAGCUAUGCUAGCAUGGGAGUGGACCAUAGAGAAAGCAAGGGACGGAGAAGGAGAAGUCGAGAAAAAGGCCGCCGCCACCACCGCCACGCGCAAAAUCUCUCAAACUGCUCAGGCCACUUAUGAUCCGAGUCACGGAUACAGCCCUCAGCCAGUAGACAUCUCAGGAAUGGCCCUCUCCAGAGAGUUGCAAUCUAUGGCUGAACAGCUAGCAGAAAACUAUCACAACACCUGGGGCAGGAAGAAGAAGUUGGAGCUACAGUCCAAAGGUGGUGGUACUCAUCCUUUGCUCGUGCCUUAUGACACAUUGACGGCUAAGGAGAAGGCCAGAGACAGGGAGAAAGCCCAGGACCUGCUCAAGUUCCUCCAGCUUAAUGGAUAUGCUGUGACGAGAGGUCUAAAGGAUAUGGAACAGGACAUCUCCUCCAUUGAAAAGCGUUUUGCUUAUGGCUUCCUUCAGAAGCUUCUUAAAUGGAUGGACAUUGCCCAGGAAUUCAUCGCUCAUCUUGAGGCUGUAGUUAGCAGCGGUAGAGUGGAAAAGUCACCACACGAACAAGAAAUCAAAUUCUUUGCCAAGAUCCUCUUGCCGCUGGUAAAUCAGUACUUCAAGAACCACUGCCUGUACUUUCUCUCCACUCCUGCCAAAGUAUUGGGCAGUGGAGGUCAUUCCUCAAAUAAAGAGAAGGAGAUGAUUGCGAGUAUCUUCUGUAAGUUGGCUGCUUUGGUGAGGCACAGAGUAUCUCUUUUUGGAACGGAUGCCCCUGCAGUGGUAAACUGCCUGCACAUUCUCUCACGAUCACUGGAUGCCAGGACUGUUAUGAAAUCAGGCCCUGAGAUUGUGAAAGCCGGCCUGCGUCAGUUCUUUGAGAGCGCUGCGGAUGACAUUGAGAAGAUGGUUGAAAAUCUGAAACUGGGCAAGGUGUCCAGUCGAAACCAGGUUAAGGGUGUAGCACAGAAUAUCAACUACACCACCACUGCCCUGCUGCCAGUCCUCACUUCACUGUUUGACCACAUUGCCCAACACCAGUUUGGUGAUGAUGUCAUGAUGGACGACUUGCAGAUAUCCUGCUAUCGUCUAAUGUGCAGCAUCUACUCUUUGGGCACUGUGAAGACUCCACAUGUGGAGAAACAGCGACCAGCUCUUGGCGAGUGUUUGGCCCACUUAGCAGCUGCUAUGCCGGUAGCCUUUCUUGAACCAGUGCUAAAUGAAUUCAACUCAUUUUCUGUUUACACGACCAAGACUCCUAGAGAGAGAGCAAUUCUUGGUCUUCCCAAUCAAGUAGAAGAGCUGUGUCCUGACAUCCCAGAACUGGAGAUUCUGAUGAAAGAGAUCCAUGACCUGGCUGAGUCUGGAGCUCGCUACACAGAAAUGCCCCAUGUGAUUGAGAUCACCUUGCCCAUGCUGUGCAACUAUCUCCCGCGCUGGUGGGAGAGAGGCCCAGAGAACUUCCCCGAGCAGGACGGCCAGCUCUGCACCGCUGUCACCUCCGAGCAACUCAACCAGCUGCUGGGUAGCAUCAUGAAGAUUGUGGUUAACAACCUGGGUAUAGAUGAAGCCUCUUGGAUGAAAAGAUUAGCAGUGUUCGCUCAGCCCAUUGUCAGCAGGGCUAAACCAGAGAUGCUUAAAUCCCACUUUAUCCCAACCAUGGAAAAGCUGAAGAAGCGUGCAGCAAAGGUGGUGGCAGAGGAGGAUCAUCUGCGCAUGGAGGGCAAAACAGAGGUGGACAGCGAAAACGGGACCAUUCGAGAUGAGUUUGCUGUACUCUGUCGGGACUUGUACGCUCUCUACCCUUUGCUCAUUCGCUACGUGGACAACAACAGGGCAAGUUGGCUGACUUGUCCAGACCCAGAUGCAGAGGAGCUUUUCAGGAUGGUGGGUGAGGUCUUCAUUUUCUGGUCCAAAUCCCACAACUUCAAGAGGGAGGAGCAGAACUUCGUGGUGAUGAAUGAGAUCAACAACAUGUCCUUCCUGACUGCUGACAGUAAGAGCAAGAUGAGCAAGGCCGGAGAUGGAGAGUCUGGCAGCUCAGAGCAGGAGCGUACCAAGAAGAAGCGACGGGGGGACCGCUACUCUGUGCAGACCUCCCUAAUUGUAGCAGCGCUAAAGAAGAUGCUUCCCAUCGGCCUCAAUAUGUGCUCUCCUGCAGACCAGGAACUCAUCAACCUUGCCAAGAUCAGAUACUCACUGAAAGACACAGAUGAAGAGGUGAGGGAAUUCUUGCACAACAACCUGCAUCUGCAAGGCAAGGUAGAGGACCCAGCAAUGCGCUGGCAGAUGUCUCUUUAUAAAGAGAUGUCUGGGAAAGCAGAAGAUGCCGAUGAUCCGGAGAAGGUGGUGAAGAGAGUACAAGAGGUGUCUGCUGUCCUUUACCACAUUGAAGUGACUGAACAUCCCUUCAAGUCAAAGAAAAUGGUUUGGCACAAGCUGCUGUCUAAACAGCGUCGCAGAGCUGUGGUGGCCUGUUUCAGGAUGACGCCUCUGUACAACAUCACCACGCACAGGGUAACCAACAUGUUCUUGGAUGCAUACAAACGCAACUGGUUAGAAACCGAGGGUUACUCAUUUGAAGACAAGAUGAUUGAUGACUUAUCAAAAACCAUGGAAGAAGAGGAGGAAGAGGAAGAGGAGACUGAGACGAAGCCUGACCCCCUUCAUCAGCUGAUUCUUCAUUUCAGCCGCACAGCUCUUACAGAAAAGCUUAAACUUGAUGUUGACCAUCUCUAUAUGUCAUAUGCUGAUAUUAUGGCAAAGAGCUGCCACAUUGGUGAGGAGGACGAAGGGGGAGAACAGGAGGGGGAGGAGCCAUCCUUUGAGGUGCGACAGACAGAGAUGGAAAAGGAGAUGGAGAAACAGAGGCUCUUGUACCAGCAGUCCCGUCUGCACAACCGUGGUGCUGCAGAGAUGGUGCUGCAAAUGAUCAGCGCCUGUAAAGGUGAACCUGGAGCCAUGGUUUCUUCUACACUCAAACUGGGAAUCUCCAUCCUCAAUGGAGGCAACAGUGAUGUACAGCAGAGGAUGCUGGACUAUCUGAAGGAUAAAAAGGAUGUGGGGUUCUUCCUUAGCAUUCAGUCUCUGAUGCAGACCUGCAGUGUUUUGGACUUGAACGCUUUUGAGAGACAGAACAAGGCUGAGGGACUUGGGAUGGUUUCAGAAGAAGGCACCAAUAAGAAGCUAGAACGUGAUGAGAAAGUGAUGGCAGACGAUGAAUUUACAUGUGACCUCUUCCGCUUCCUUCAACUUCUUUGUGAGGGCCACAAUAAUGAUUUUCAGAACUACUUAAGGACUCAGACAGGCAGCACAACUACUAUAAAUGUCAUCAUCUGCACUGUGGACUACCUUCUUCGACUCCAGGAGUCCAUUAGUGACUUUUACUGGUACUACUCAGGAAAAGACAUAAUUGAUGAGCCUGGCAAGAGGAAUUUCUCCAAAGCAAUGACUGUGGCCAAGCAGGUCUUCAACAGCCUGACUGAGUAUAUCCAGGGUCCCUGUACUGGGAACCAACAAUCUCUGGCCCACAGCAGAUUGUGGGACGCUGUUGUGGGCUUUCUACAUGUCUUUGCUCACAUGAUGAUGAAACUUGCUCAGGACUCCAGUCAAAUUGGUCUCUUGAAGGAGCUUUUAGAUCUGCAGAAGGACAUGGUAGUGAUGCUUCUGUCACUGCUUGAAGGCAAUGUGGUGAAUGGUACCAUUGCCAGGCAAAUGGUUGACAUGUUGGUGGAGUCCUCCAGCAAUGUGGAGAUGAUCCUUAAGUUCUUCGACAUGUUCCUCAAGCUCAAGGAUAUAGUGGCAUCUGAUGCGUUCCGUGAUUAUGUGACUGAUCCACGUGGUCUUAUUUCAAAGAAGGACUUCUCCAAGGCCAUGGACAGUCAGAAGCAAUACUCUCCAUCUGAAAUCCAGUUCCUCCUCUCGUGCUCAGAGGCUGAUGAGAAUGAAAUGAUCAACUUUGAGGAGUUUGCUGAUCGUUUCCAGGAGCCAGCAAAAGACAUCGGUUUCAAUAUUGCUGUUCUGCUCACAAACCUGUCAGAGCAUGUACCCCAUGACACUCGCCUUCAGAACUUCCUGGAACAAGCAGAGAGCGUGCUCAACUAUUUCCGCCCUUUCCUUGGCCGUAUCGAGAUCAUGGGAGCCAGCAGGAAAAUCGAACGCAUUUACUUUGAAAUCAGUGAGGAGAACCGCAAUCAGUGGGAGAUGCCUCAAGUCAGAGAGUCCAAGCGGCAGUUCAUCUUUGAUGUGGUCAACGAGGGUGGCGAGAGUGAGAAAAUGGAGAUGUUUGUGAACUUCUGUGAGGACACCAUUUUUGAGAUGAACAUUGCUGCAUCUAUCUCUGAGCCAGAGGGAGAUGGUGCAGAAGAAGAAGAUGAUGAAGAAGAAGAGGAAGGUGGAGGAGAUGAAGGAGAGUCUGGAGAAGGAGAUGAAGGAAAUGGUGAGGGUGAAGCUCCGGAGUCGGCUUCUGCCUUUGCAGAGUUUCUGAAGAGCGUGGUUAACUUCUUUAACAUGUUCACCUUCCGUAACCUCCGGCGUCGAUACCGCAAACUUCGAAAAAUGACGGUAAAGGACAUGAUUAUCGGCCUGGUUACAUUCGUCUACACUGUUUUGAUGGGCAUCCUGAUUUUUGUCUAUAGUAUAUGCAAGGGUUUCUUCACACUAAUAUGGAAGGCACUGUUUGGUGGAGGCUUAGUAGAGGGUGCCAAGAAGAUAACAGUCACAGAGAUCCUGGCCAGUAUGCCUGAUCCCACCCAAGAUGAAGUUCAUGGGGACCUACCGCCUGAACCGGGUGCUAGGGAAGUCCAAGAUGCAGAUGGAGUGGCAGACCUCAUAGAUGCUGUGGGUGGAGAGGAGGAAGAAGAGGAUGGUGAGGACAGAGAAGGUGGACGGUUGCCUGGCUUUAAUACUCCUGGGGGACUUGGAGACAUGGGAGAGACAACACCAGAAGAACCUCCGACUCCAGAGGGCACUCCACUGUUGAAGAGGAAACUGCUGGCUGCUGCAGUAGGAGGACAAGGAGAUGAAGAAAAGGUUGAACACGAAGAAGAGGCUCCUCAGGAGACCGAGAAAGCAGACACCGAGAAUGGUGAGAAAACAGAGAAAGCAGAGAAAGCAGAGAAGGCAGAGCCUGAACCCGAGGUAAAGGAGGAAGAGCCUGAGGAACAAGAAGAGAUAAGUGUGAAGACCAAAGUGAAGAAGGACAAGAAAUCUGAUAAGGAGGGCUUUAAACUGUGGAAUGAGCUGGAGGUUCAGAGGAUUAAAUUCAUGAACUACCUUUCUCGCAACUUCUACAAUUUACGUUUCUUGGCCCUGUUCAUUGCCUUCGCUCUCAAUUUCAUCCUGCUCUUCUACAAGGUGUCUGACACGCCUCCAGGUGAGGAGGAGUUUGAGGGUUCUGGUCUCUUUGAGGGUUCUGGGAUUUUUGAAGGCUCCGGUACUGAGGAAGACGGAUCAGGAUUAGAUGACGGAGGGGAAGAUGAUGAUGAAGAAGGUCCUUUGUACUACUUUUUGGAAGAGAGCACUGGCUACAUGGAACCAGCAAUGGCUUUCUUUGGUAUUGUUCACACCAUCAUCUCCUUCCUCUGUAUCAUUGGCUACAACUGCCUGAAGGUCCCUCUGGUUAUCUUCAAAAGAGAGAAAGAACUGGCCAGAAAGCUGGAGUUCGAUGGCCUCUAUGUCACUGAGCAGCCUGAGGACGAUGACAUCAAGGGCCAGUGGGACAGACUGGUGCUCAACACUCCAACCUUCCCCAACAAUUACUGGGACAAGUUUGUGAAAAGAAAGGUUCUGGAUAAAUAUGGGGACAUUUAUGGCAGAGAGAGAAUUGCGGAGCUGCUUGGUAUGGACUUGGCUUCUCUUGAUGUCAGCGCCAUGAGCCAUGGAAAAAAGCCUGAACCUGACACCUCAAUGUUCAGCUGGAUAACAUCUAUUGACAUCAAAUACCAGAUCUGGAAGAAUGGUGUGGUCUUCACUGAUAAUACUUUCCUCUACCUGGUUUGGUACAUGUUGAUGUCUCUGCUUGGGCACUACAACAACUUCUUCUUUGCUGCUCAUCUUGUUGACAUUGCAAUGGGCGUGAAAACCCUGCGCACGAUUUUGUCCUCCGUCACCCACAACGGCAAACAGCUGGUGAUGACAGUGGGUUUGCUGGCCGUGGUGGUGUACCUGUACACUGUGGUGGCCUUUAACUUCUUCCGCAAGUUCUACAACAUGAGUGAAGACGAGGAUGAGCCGGACAUGAAGUGUGAUGACAUGAUGACUUGUUACCUCUUCCACAUGUACGUUGGUGUGCGAGCUGGCGGUGGCAUAGGAGAUGAAAUUGAGGACCCAGCUGGUGAUGAAUACGAGCUUUACCGCGUUGUCUUUGACAUUACAUUCUUCUUCUUCGUUAUUGUCAUCCUGCUGGCUAUCAUCCAGGGUUUGAUCAUUGAUGCAUUUGGAGAGCUGAGAGACCAGCAGGAGCAAGUCAGAGAGGACAUGGAGACAAAGUGUUUCAUCUGUGGAAUAGGGAGUGACUACUUUGAUACGACGCCGCACGGCUUUGAGACACACACUUUAGAAGAGCAUAACUUAGCCAACUACAUGUUCUUCUUGAUGUAUUUAAUCAAUAAAGAUGAAACAGAACACACAGGACAGGAGUCAUAUGUGUGGAAGAUGUACCAGGAACGAUGCUGGGACUUCUUCCCUGCUGGAGACUGCUUCAGGAAGCAGUAUGAGGACCAGCUUGGAUAAAGUCAUGAAUCUUUACUCUGCAUCCAAUGGAGAAAGAGAGGAGAGAGAAGAUAUGAAAUUUUAAGAUCAAACAUAUCUAUGUCUUAGUUUUGUCCUUUGCCUGCACAGUUCUCUCCUCUGUUAAAGCUAUGCACACUUUGACUGCACUGUUGUACCACCUGCAGCAGAAUGUUGUUGGAGCUUAUUUAAGAAAGGGAGAGUAAUAACCGUGAGGCAUAAGAAGAUACAAGAAGCCAGGGGCCUUUUUAUUCUGCUAUGACUACACUACAUGGCCUUUUUGUGAAAUAUACAUAGUUUGCCUUGCAUAUCAGUUGUGUCUUUUCAAAUGGGGCUCUUUCGUCGCUACUGCUGUAAACGUUUUAGUGCCUAUAGCAAAGCCACUGCUUCAGCAAUCUCGUUUAGAUUUUCAGUUUCAACACUUUUCUUUGAGAUAUUUUAUUUAUAUUAUUUGUAAAAUUAGGAUUUUUUUUUGUACAUGGCUGCUGCUGACUGGUAUUACAUGUCUGACUGUUGGUGUUUCUGCAAUAAAAGCAGCUCGCAGUCAUUUUUCUGAGAUCCUUGAGAGGGCAGUAAAGAUAUUUGGCCGCCUCUCACUCUUUUUCUCUCAAAGCUUGUCUUCGGAGAAGCAAUCGUGAAUAGAAACUUCUGAACUGACUUGCCAAAAUAAAAAAACACACUGACAUCAGUAUAUGGCAUGUACCGGUGUGAAUCAGCUGUACAGACGAACCUACUUGGCACUCUUAAGUCUUACAAUGCAUCCCUGAAUGUAUGUGGUGCCCAAUCUCUGCUGGUGUUUCCGUGCCAUAUAAGAUAUCGAUGAUGUACACACACAUACACUAUAAGAGGAUGCCAAGGUUAUUUAUUCUUUAUAUGCAGAUCAGAUCUUCUGAAGACGACCGUUUUAGCCCGUCUGUAUUUCUGGCCAACAGUCUGUUUUAUGACACUUUAUGCACAAAUAAGUUUUUGUCAGUGCAUUAAAAUAAGUAAUGAAUGUAUCUAACGUAUACACUUUGGCCAAAGCGUCAUCUGUAUAACUGAGGAAUGACUAGGCUGCCUGGACGCUUUUUGAUGAAAAGACAUAUUUUACUUAAACCAUAGAUACAUAUAUUUAUUUUUAUUUGGGGCUUUGAGGGAUUUAAAUGACCCUUGCUACUUUGUUGGACACGUGUGUCCUGUUUGUGACAUCCUCAGUGGUGAAGAGAAAUGGUCUUACACAGGUUUAUAUGCCCAGUUUGCAGUCAGAAGAGAAAGUUAGCUUUUGUUUUUGCUAGUUAGGUUUUUAUGAUCGGUAUUUUUAGGAAUUCAACAUAUGAAUUAUUUUCUCAAUUUAAAUUUGAUGCAUUGAUCUCAGACCGUUCUGUCUCACUACGCCUCCUCCUGAACACAUAAAAACUCAUUUACUCUCCAUCUUGUAUUUAAUGUUAUUAUAUGUCAAAUACAGAGCAGUAUUUUGGUUGCUGAUGACUCUGAAGUGUGCAUUUGCUGCUGUAGCCCUAUCAGAAGCAGUUGAUGUUAUGGAACUGAAUAGAGAUCACUACUUUCCACUUGACUGAGUGUCCUCUGACUGAACCCUGUGUUUCAAUACAGAAUAAACAGACUAUUUUAAGGAGAA